UUUAGAAGAAAUGACAGAGGAAUCCUUACGAGGUAACGAAACAGAAUAUCUGGAUUCUCCUGAUAAAAUAGAUGAACCAGCAGAUCCAAACCCUAAGAAUGAGGCUGUGGACGAGCAUGUGGAGCCCCAAGAAACUAACAGUAAAGUUUUGGAGUACACAUCAUCAGAAGCUGUUGAUACAAAUGAAAGUACCAAAGGAGGGGAAGAAGAGGAAAAUCAGAAGAACAGAAUCCCGGAAGAUCUGUAUUAUGAGUAUGAGGAGCUCUGCUCCAGAGCAUUCACUACACCAGGUUCCAAUAUCCCACAGAAUCUACUGCAGCUCUCGCAUUCAUUCGGAUAUGACUGCAGGAGACGGGCCAACCUGCAGCUACUGGACGAACGUACGCUGACGUUCGCGGCUGGAAAUGUGCUAGUCCUCCUGGACAUCCACACUAAAGAGCAGCGCUACAUCCGUAGCUGCAGUGGAGUUGGCAUCGGCACCAUUAUGCCUCAUCCCAGUAGGAGAUAUUUUGCAGUGGCAGAGAAAGGCGAGCAGCCCAGCAUAAUCAUUUAUGAAUACCCAUCACUAAGGCCCUACCGCAUCCUCAGGGGAGGCACAGGUCAUGCAUACAGCUGUGUGGAUUUUAACCGUGAGGGCACACUCCUGGCGAGCGUUGGCAGUGCCCCGGAUUACAUGCUGACCCUGUGGGACUGGAAACAGGAGCAGGUGAUGCUGCGCUAUAAAGCUUUUUCUCAGGAUGUGUACCGGGUCACCUUCUCUCCUGAUAACCCGGGACAGCUCACCUCCUCCGGCUCUGGCCACAUCAAGUUCUGGAAAAUGGAAAACACUUUUACUGGCUUGAAGCUGCAAGGCAUACUGGGAAGGUUUGGAAAAACAGCCCUGACAGACAUAGAGGGAUACGUGGAACUUCCAGAUGGCAAAGUGGUCUCGGGUUCAGAGUGGGGGAACAUGCUGCUGUGGGACGGGGGUUUGAUAAAGGUUGAGAUCUGCCGGAAAGAGGGUCGAACCUGUCACGCCGGACCGAUCCAGCAGUUUGCUUUGGACGAAGGAGAGCUGAUGACCGUUGGUGCAGAUGGUGCAGUCAGGUGUUGGGACUUUGAGAGCAUCGAUACAGCAGAUUGUGUAGAUGACAGCGGCCUGUUUGAGCUCGAGCCAAUGAAUGAGCUGAUAAUCAGCCGCAACGUGAGCCUCUCCUCCAUGGUCAGGAGCUCCAUCCCCGACUCUACCAUCUGGUAUGCACAGGAUUCUAAUGGAGGAAUCUGGAAACUGGACCUGUCGUUCUCUAAUAUUACUCAGGAUCCUGAGUGUCUGUUCUCCUUCCAUGCCGGUGCCAUCGAGGGAAUGGACGUGUCUGGGAGCAGUCACCUGAUGGCCACUACCUCACUGGACUGUUCUGUCAGGAUUUUUGACUUCCUCUCCAAGAAAGAGCUCACAGUCAGCUGCUACAAACAAGGUGGAACCUGCCUCACCUGGGCGCCUUGUGUGGUGGAUAAAGGUGAGGGUCUCCUGGCGGUGGGUUUUGAGGACGGCGUGGUGCGUCUGUUAGAGCUUUAUAAUCCUAAAAGUUUGCGUCUGGUGGCUGGGCGCGGUCGUGCUGAAGACGCUGAGCUCAGACUCAAACAGGCCUUCAAACCCCACAAUGCACCUGUCAAAGCCAUCUCCUAUGAUCCCAAUGGACAGAUUUUGGCUACUGGGAGUGUGGACUGCACCGUGUUCUUCUUCGCAGUCGGGGACAGGUAUGAGCCCAUCGGAUUCGUAACAGUACCAGGGCCAGUGCAGGGUCUCCAGUGGGCCCCUCCAUCACAAGAAAGACACAGUGUGUUGGUGACGUGUCAGACAGGCCAUGUGGUGGAGGUUCUGGCUCCUGACCCGACUGGUGUGAAUGCAGGCAGCACCUACCAGCUCCAAAACCUUCCCAUCAGACACUUCUGCUUCUACAGCAUCAAAUCACGCAUUAAGAGGGAUGCAGAAAUCAGACGCAGGCAGGCAGUAAAGGAGAAGAAGAAGCAGGAGCGAGAAGCCAGGCUGCAGAAGAUAAGAGAGCAGGAGCGAGAGCCCACGGAGGAAGAACUGCAGGAGGAAGAGGAGGAGGAGGAGGAGAAGCUGCCACCCAUCUUCAUCCCGGAUCCUCCCAGUCCUCUACACUACGCCUUUUACUCCAGUCAGCCUGGAGCCUUCUGGCUCUCUGUGGGAGGAUAUGAUUCGGGUUAUCUGUACCACUGUAAGUUUUCGGAGGCAGAGAUCUCGGUCCCUUCAGAAAGGAGAGACGAGCCUUUCGCCUACAUCCCUGUUCAGCACACAGAUCACAACCCUGUAAUCACAGUUUACUUCAGCUCAGCAAGGAAGCUGAUGCUGUGUGGCAUGCAGGACGGCAGUAUCCAGGUGUAUCCUUUGGAAUCAGAAGACCCUCACCCGGGCACAAUGCAGGACUACUGCGCACUCGGUGCCCACGAUAACCAGCGUGGGCACGUCCAGCACCUCCGCGUCAGCCACGAUGCCAGCUAUGUGCUUAGCGCCGGGGCAGACGGUAACAUCUUUUCAUUUAAGCUACUGGAGCGGGAGGAGAUGGAGGAGGCACUGCGGACGAUACGCGCCAAAGUGCCCUCGCCACGUUACGAGCUCGACACGGAGCCAGCAGCCCGGGAUAUAGAGGACCCUGCUGCAUACAGUAUAGAGACGGCUAAGCAGAAGCUGGAAUCGGACCGGAUGCUUCGGGAGGCUGAGGUACGCAAGCAGGAGCGGCGGAAGACGCUUGCUGAACUGCGAAGUCGUUUCCAAGUGGUGCUGCAGGAAAACGAGAGUCUGCCAGAACAUGUUCGCCUGCAGCGCACGGAGUUGGAGUUGGACCAUCGGUUCCGAGAGGAUGCAGAAAGAAUGACCGCUGAGAAAGUAGAAGAGGUGAGGAAAGAAUUGGCCUGGGAGGAAGAGAAACACCGUAUUGGUCUCCGUAAGCUUCAGGCGAGGUUUCGGGAUGCAGUCGUGUGUGAUACAGUGAUGGUGGUCGCUAUUGAAAGCGAUCAUAAAGUUUCCACCUACAGACUUCUGGCUCUGUCCAGUAAGUUCCAUCAACUGAAGGAUCAGAGUCAAGCAGCACAGGAGUCCGGCAGUGGUGUUCAGGAGCCGUCACUCUUUAAAGAACCGAAGGAUCCUCUUACUGAUGUCAGGACAGCAGGACAGGGGGUUUUGCCAUCACCAGCAGUCUUGCAGCCUCGGUUGGCACAUGCGAAGGGCGGCAAACUAGCCAGCAGGCAGGCAGAGAAACUCCGAAAGGCAGCUGAGAAAGCAGAGAAAGCUCGAGCCAAAAUAGAGAAGAGGAAGAGAGAGUGGGCCGAACUCUAUGCUGCCAAACCCAGCGAGGACUGUGAGGACCAGGAGGACGUGCGUGCCAUCCAGCUGGCCCGGGAGAACGUCGGUGACUUUAAAUUAAAGACCGCGAAGGACUUCACCGUGCCGGAGCAUCUGAGGAGCAACGUGGAAAAGAAGACGGCUCAGCUAGUUCAGCUAGAAGAGCAGAUCUACCAGAAGAAAAGUCACAUGAACGCACGUGUGCUCGCCCUGCGUGACUCCAAGUCGGCCCUCAUCACCCAGCUUCACUCUCACAUGCGGCAGCUGGUGACCCUUCAGGAGCGUCUACCCCCGGAAAAGCGUCGCCCCUUGCCGACCGUGCCCACCCUGGCCCCUGAGGAGACGCCUGAGAAAAAGUUACGGUACGACCCCCCCACCCUACAGCGUUACGCCGCCAUCCGGGCCAAAAUGAUGCCCGCCGGUCAGUAUGACGAACACGAGGAGGCGCCGGACCUGCUGAGGCUGGUGCAGCAGGAGAGCGAGGAGGAUAAACGUGAUGAGGAGGAACGUGCACCCUGCGGUGACAGUUCGGAGAACGGAACACACACACCGGAGCCGCUGAGUGAGCUGGAGCAGGAGAUUAAAGAGGUGGAGGAGAUUCGUAACCUCCACCUGCAGGACUCACUGCUGAAGCAGAUGGAGGAGUCUGUGUGGCGUUUCGAUGCCGAGCUGCAUAUCCUGCGCCAUGACAAGCAGGUCCUGGACGUCCACAUGAAGCUGGCUGACCUCAAGCACGUCACCCUGUUUGAGGAGCUCUUGCUGCUGAAGGAGUUUGAGAAGAGAGAGAACAGUCUGAUGGAGAGACUCAACACUCACCAGCAGGAAGAGAGAGAGCUCAAAUUGAAGCUGGAGGAGUGUAAGCAGCAGUUGGAGAUGAAGAGGAGAGAAAUAUCUCAACUGGAUGAGAGAGAGAAAGCUCUAGGCGCCACCUUCCAGGCUUCACUCGGGGAAAACAACAAGUUUGCAGAUUUUCUCACUAGAGUUUUUAAAAAGAAGAUCAAACGAGUGAAAAAGAAAGAAUCGCCCGAAGCUGACGUGGAAGCAGAAAACAGUGCCUCAGACUCAGAUGAGGAGUCAGACUGGGAGGACGAUGAGGACGAUGAAGAAUCAGAUAAUGGUGCCGGAGCUUUUGAUGAUACCGUGUGUCCACCUAACUGUGAUCCAGAGCUGUUCGAGAACACUGUGAGGUUGAGAGAGUAUCGUCUCGAUGUGGAGGAGCUGCUGGUGGAGGAGAAGAAGAGCGCAGACAACCUGAAGAAAGAGUGCGACUCAUUAGCCAAGAAAGAAAAGAUUGUGCAGUGCAGUCUUAAAGCAGCAGAGAGCGACCUGGAGCUCUUCAACAGAGAGAAGCAGCAGAAACUCAAUGAGCUGGAUGUGGUGGUCCCACUCAGACUUCAUCAGAUCGAGUAUUUGAAUAACGGCUUGGUGCCAGCUAAGAUGGGUGCAGCACUGGUCCUAAACAUGGCGUCCCUAAACCGCCUGGGCGAGCGCAUUAAGGAGCUGCAGCAGGAGAAGAACGAGCAGAGGGAGCUGUACAAACAAUCACGCCAACAGCACGUCCAGCUCAGCAAUGACCUCACCAACAUGGAGGCCAGGAUUCAGGAGUUGGACGAACGCUGUAAACAGCUGAUGGUGAUGAAGUUCGGGAAGCUGGUGGAUCUUGAGUCACUGCAGACUCUGAGCGGCAGUAGGACUCUGGAGGAGAUGAGGCAUGAGGGUCAAGUACGGGAGAACGAGCACGCUCGGGAGCUGAGGGUCUGGCAGGAGAGGGUGGCUGCUGCCAAGCUGGAGGUGACCAAAGUGACCAGAGAGCAAACGGAGCGGCUGCUCGUCAUCAACAGCCUGCUAACCGAGCAGAAGCUGCUGGAGGAAAAGCUCAACACCAGGCAGAAGAAAAUGGUCUCUCAGUUCCCUGGUCGACAGCAGACUGAUAAAGACGAACACCGAAGGCUGCAACAGCUCGUUCACAACCAGGCCGUGAAAAUCGAGUCUCAUCGGCAGGAGAUCGGCAAACUGUCUCGCAAAGGCGGUCACGUGGAGCCACCAGGCGAGCCCUGCCUGCCACCCAAGCCAACGCACGCACCCCACAGGCAUACACACACCCACUAUAGCUUGGGCCAUAGACGCAACACUCACGUUGUAGAGUAGAUUACAUCGCCUCACGUCUCACACAACUGUUUACAUUUCAGUUUGGAACACAAAUCCCAGUUCCAAGACAAAUACACCCACGAUUCCCUUGAAUAAUUAUACAUGCAUUCCUACAAUUACUUUAGUGAGCGUGACGUCUUUAACUACAGCACAUUCCUGGAUCAGCAUUGACUUUUAUUAUUCUCUCCUCUUAUUGUUGUUAGUUAAAUGUGGUGUCCUUUACAGCAGGGUUUUUCAAAAGCUGAAAAUGGGUCGCACAGAGAGAAAAAUAUUAAUAAUAUAAUAAUAAACUUGUAUGCGGACGCCCUUUUGUGGAGGCUUUACGUUACAAACCACAGAGGGACCAGAUUGCACAGGGUGUCCCUAAAGUCUGGACACAUAGGAAAUAUCACUAACUUUAACAAACUAUAUGUUUACUAAAAUACACACACGUACAUAUUGCAUCACAAAUAGUGAAGAUUGUUAUUGAUGUUAUUGAUAGAUUAAUAUUCUAAUUAAAUAAAAUUGAUUGAUAAUAUGCAUUUUGAAAAACCCUGCUUUACAGAGACCCGUCUCACUUAUUGAUUUUCCCUCUGAAGAUGAGGGAGAUCUAUGGUUCUAAGUGAGAGCCCUUGAGUUUACUCAGCCUGCACAAAGAGCCGCCAGUCAAUCACAAGCGCUAAAUAUUAAACAUAAACAAAUCAACUGUGUGCUUUUAUAAAAUGCCUCCGAAUUACGACACAAAUUGGUGAGUUCGGGUCACCAGGGAAACUCGCCCUGUUGAGUGGAGGAUCGGCUGAAUAGGGGAUUAACCCCAUCCCACUGGCUCUAAAUGUGGCCCCCUGCCAGGAGCCAAGAGCCCAUUCCCAUGUGCUGGCCUUUAAUUCGGCUAUUCAAGAGUCAAUAGGCAGCUUCUCUUUAACAGACGCACUCGGUGUUGUACUACCAGCUUUAUGGGUAUUUCUAUGUGCUGUGUUCUAUGAAACUAAGCAAUGAGGCGACUAGACCUAAAACUAAUGCUAACCUUAAUCCAGCAAGAGUAAUAUGGGUCAGCCUAGCCCACGCAAAACUAAAUAAACCCGAACACAACUAGGGCUACUGACCAUGACUAGACAAAAUGAACACAAUAGACAUAAGGGUUUGGUCAGUGCCAGGGUUUUCAGAGAAAGAUAAUAAUAAUAAUAAACAGAUUUUAACAGGGAUAUAAAGUUAACCUUGAGAAUUAGAUGCAUUUUUGUGUUGUCUGGGUUGCUUGAAAAAUAGUUUGGAAAAACCCUGGUCCAUGCCAAGGCCCGCCUAAAGGUUACGCAAACUUACAAAACCGUUUGGCUUGGCUGUGUUUUCAUAGCAUUCUGUAUUCAUGAUAUUUAUACGUCUUGUCCCGCCCCUGCUCUGUUUCACUUAGUGCAGAUGCCCUGUAGUGCUGGCACAGUGUCGACCCUCAGUGCUCAGUGGGUCCUGACCAGUUCAAACAACGGUCUUCAAUAACACUUCAGUUUGUUUGAUUGACUGGAAAAAAAUCCUAAAGAACACAACACAAGUGUAAAGGAUGAUCAAGUCCCACAUUUGCUUACAAUUAAUUUUCAAUGUAAUUUGUCUAUUUUUACACCUGUCUGCAGUGGCGUCUCACAUUAACAGCUCAUGAUCCCAGUGCUGCCAGUAUAGCAUUGCCAAGCUGUGCCUUAAACAAAUACCAGCACUGAACUACAGGGCUGUACCACCCCGACUCAGUCUGUUAAAAUAAGGAAUUGUUUCGUAACAAUACAUACUGGGAAGUUUUGUGGUACCCAUGCAUGAUCAGACCCACCCAACUAUGCUGGUAAUGUUUAACCACACAUUCUUUCACCUGACAAAAUAAAGCUUCAUUUACAAAUACCUCUAA